AUGGCCGACGCAAUCAAGAACGCCGUUUCCUCCGCCUCUGAGACCGUCCAGCAGGGCAUCUCCGGUGUCUCCAAGGAGGGCAACAAGGAGGUUGCCAAGGACAGCAACGCACCCGCCGGCACCCGUGCUGAGGCGGCCAAGGACGCUGUCAGCGACAAGGCCUCCGAGACCACCCACAGCGUUAAGAAGUAA